UCGAUUUUAGAGUGUUUCCUGGGUAAGUGCCCUGCCGAUUACACGUGUCUACCGAGUGGGGAUUGCUGCCAGAACAGUCAAGUAGUUCUACCACCUGAGGAAUGCAAGGAUUUCGUGGAUCACUGUGAAAUUCUCCAUUGCGAUCAUGUCGACUUCAUCGAGUUCGCUCGCGCCAACUGCGCUAAAACGUGCAACUACUGCUUCGAGAACUCUGAAUUGCCGCCUGAAUACUCGUGUACGGAUUUGCUCGACGACUGCAAUGAUCGCAUGGGCCUCUGUAGGGACAAAGAUUUCCUCAACAUGAUGGCCGUAUACUGUCCUCGUUCCUGCAUGCUUUGCACCCACCCAGCUCCACCUACAGAGUGUCAAGAGCUCGUCGAUGAGUGA